ACCAUUUAUUGGGAUCUCACACUGCUUGAACUAGAAGAUUAUCAAGUGAGUUAGCCAAAGAGGUGUGUGCCAUGGAAAAGGUAAGGGACGACUGUGGACUUGGUGUUGCAAAGAUAGAACAGGCGGCUCCGCCUCCGCCGCUGCCCCCUCCACCACUUCCCUGGUUCUGGGCUAGGAAGGCGGUUCCGGAGAGCUUGACAAAGCAAGAAAUUGCCAAGUUCUGGAGGCAGAAACGCAUCAAGGAAGAAGAGCAUCUCUUUGCUGCUAUCAAGGCUGCUGCACGCAUCAGGGCCCGUAAUCUCUCGGAAGAAGAUUACAAAUACUUUGACGAGUCCUUGAAGGAUGAGGGAGAAGAAGAUUUUGAGAAGAGCACAGCCGCAGCUAACUAUGGCUACAAGGAUCAGAAUUGCAAUGAGAUUCGCGUGGGAAUAAAGGACUGGUGGACAAAAAGCAAGUAUGCAUACUUGAACCAACCGGCAAUCGAGUCAAAGCGUCCUCCCAAACGUCAAACCUCCACUUAUGUCCCGAAUUGUAUUUCUUACAAGCCUACUCCUCUCUAUCCCACCUCUCUUGGUGUGUUUUAGACGACCUAAGAUGCUUCAGUUGACCAAGUUCCAUAAAUUAUGUGAGCUUUGUUUGCCGUUCAGAUUGUCCUUAGUGUCGCAUUCUUUGAAUAAAGUUUGCAUCUUGCAGGUACUCUAAAGACCAGUCUUUGUAUGUGUUUCCAUUUUCCAGUGUUAACUAUGUAGCAAUUUCCCCCAUUUGUUCACUUUAUUAAGAAGCUUCAUCUGGGUUAUGUUGUGGU